UUCCUCUGGGAGGUGUGGCAUAUUAUGCAUGAGGUUGUCUUUGAGCAGUAAGGUCUAAGAAUGCCUUGAAGUAAACAGUGCACCGAUCAGAGCUCCUGGCUGAUCUCUGUGAUCUCCAGUCUACCAGAGGCUUUAAAGCCAGGAGUGAGAUUUGUCACAUGAACUUUAGAAGAAUAGAGCCAAAUUUUUUUUUAUCAAACCAAAGUAGACUAAUUAUCAUAUGUGAAAUCAUGUCCACUGACCAAGGCAGCAGUACCUGUCCAAAGAUCACUCUAGAUCCACCUUGUUUGAAAAGCAGCACGACCACACUGAUUGAUCAGAAUGUAUCUGAUGAAGAGGCUCAGGGAAUAAAUGGAAGAACGCCAGCAAAACCCUCAGCUGCAAAUCCAAAGCCACAAGUGCCUCCAAAGCCAUUACAUCUGCAGAAUUCUCCUUCGUCCAAUAUACACCAAACCCCCAGGCAUAAAGCUUUAUCUAGUGCAAAACCAAGGAUGGAGGAAGUUAAACCUGCCUCUGCUUCUUGUGUCUCAAAAGAAAAACCCAGUAAGGUAUCAGAUCUCAUCAGUCGCUUUGAAGGAGGCAGCUCAUUAUCAAAUUAUAGUGAUUUGAAGAAAGAUGCUGCUAUGAACCUAAAUGUUCCUAAAACUCCAGGAAGGCAUGGAUUGACAGCCACACCUCAGCAAAAACUCCUCUCCCAGCACCCACCACAGAAGCAGGGAAAUGAUACAGAUAAGACUCAGGUUGUACAGACUUGCGUGGCUAACGGUGUAAUGGCAGCACAAAACCGGAUGGAAUGUGAGGAGGAUAAAGCGGCCACUCUGAGCCCAGAUACUCCUAUUCAAACUUCUGAACCCUUGCCCGAUAUGGACUUAGUGAAUGGAGAAAGAGAUGAAACUACCACAGGCCAUGCAUCACCCACAACAGAUGACUGUGAUGGAAAUGCUUCUCACAGUAGCUGCAGGACUCCAACUGCAGACCCAGUGGUCCCCCUGGAAGAAGGACGGGCAGACACAGAAGCCAAGGUACAAGAGAGGGAAAAUGGAGAAAGCCCUCUGGACCUGGAACAGCUGGACCAGCACCACGAGAUGAAGGAAACUGAUGAGCAAAAACUUCACAAAAUAGCCAAUGAACUUUUGCUUACAGAAAGAGCUUAUGUCAACCGACUUGACCUCUUAGAUCAGGUAUUUUAUUGCAAACUAUUGGAAGAAGCAAAUCGAGGCUCAUUUCCAGCAGAGAUGGUGAAUAAAAUCUUUUCUAAUAUUUCAUCAAUAAAUGCCUUCCAUAGUAAAUUCCUAUUGCCAGAGCUGGAGAAACGAAUGCAAGAAUGGGAAACUACCCCUAGAAUUGGUGACAUCCUUCAGAAAUUGGCGCCAUUCCUUAAGAUGUAUGGAGAAUAUGUGAAGGGAUUUGAUAACGCAAUGGAAUUGGUUAAAAACAUGACAGAGCGUAUUCCCCAAUUCAAAUCAGUAGUUGAAGAAAUUCAGAAACAGAAGAUCUGUGGGAACUUGACUUUGCAGCAUCACAUGCUGGAACCUGUUCAGCGGAUUCCCCGGUAUGAGAUGCUCCUUAAGGACUACCUAAGGAAACUGCCCCCUGAUUCUCCAGACUGGAAUGAUGCUAAAAAAUCACUUGAAAUUAUAUCUACAGCAGCAAGCCAUUCUAACAGUGCAAUAAGAAAAAUGGAGAACCUAAAGAAGCUCAUAGAGAUUUAUGAAAUGUUGGGAGAAGAAGAAGACAUUGUAAAUCCUUCAAAUGAACUAAUAAAAGAAGGACAGAUCCUCAAACUAGCUGCUCGGAACACAUCAGCACAAGAACGCUACCUUUUCUUAUUCAACAACAUGUUGCUGUACUGUGUGCCAAGAUUCAGCUUGGUGGGCUCUAAAUUCACAGUUCGAACGAAGGUUGGCAUCGAUGGAAUGAAAAUCGUAGAGACUCACAAUGAGGAAUAUCCACACACUUUUCAAGUAUCUGGGAAAGAGAGAACACUGGAACUGCAAGCCAGUUCUGAGCAAGACAAAGAAGAAUGGAUAAAGGCUCUGCAAGAGACUAUUGAUGCUUUCCAUCAGAGGUAUGAAACCUUCCGAAAUGCAAUUGCAAAGGAUAAUGACAUUCACUCAGAAGUUUCUACUGCUGAACUAGGGAAAAGAGCCCCACGAUGGAUCCGAGAUAACGAAGUAACAAUGUGUAUGAAAUGCAAAGAGCCUUUCAAUGCACUGACAAGAAGAAGGCAUCAUUGUCGAGCAUGUGGACAUGUGGUUUGUUGGAAGUGUUCUGAUUACAAAGCUCAACUUGAGUAUGAUGGUGGUAAAUUGAACAAAGUUUGUAAAGACUGUUAUCAAAUAAUAAGUGGAUUCACAGACAGUGAAGAAAAGAAAAGAAAAGGAAUUUUAGAGAUUGAAUCAGCAGAAGUAUCUGGAAACAGCGUGGUGUGCAGCUUUCUUCAGUAUAUGGAGAAGUCAAAACCUUGGCAGAAAGCUUGGUGUGUGAUCCCCAAACAAGACCCUCUUGUGCUGUACAUGUACGGUGCCCCCCAGGACGUCAGAGCCCAGGCCACCAUUCCACUCCUGGGCUAUGUUGUGGACGAUAUGCCGCGGAGUGCAGACCUGCCACACAGUUUCAAACUGACCCAGUCCAAGUCUGUGCACAGCUUCGCUGCAGACAGUGAGGAACUGAAACAGAAGUGGCUGAAAAUCAUCCUUUUAGCUGUCACAGGUGAGACACCAGAUGGUCCUAACGAGCAUCCAGCCACCUUGGACGAUCAUCCUGAUCCUAAGAGAAAAUCAGAAUGCUGAACUCCAGGACCAACCACGGGUGGCGGGGUCUCCAGAUUUACAGCUCAAGACAUUCCCAGCUCCUUAUUCCUCUCUUAGCACUUUAUGUUGAAAAAUAUAGGCUCAUAAAUGCAUCUUUUGGGGGACUAUUUUCAUAUGUUGAUGUGCUCUUAGUGAAAUUAAUGUGCAGAGCCAUUCUACCGAUAAAAGUUUGAAAUAAUGUGAAAAAUGGAGCAUUUUUUAAUGAGAUAUUCCUUGAUUAUGUGCUUUUGUCUUGAAAAUGGUAUCAAUGGAUUCUAUCACUAUCAGGUUAGAAUAGGCCACUUUCGUUUGAGAAAUCCUUUACUGUCUUCUCUUUCACAUGUAGGACUUGUAACAGUUUGAAAGAUAUACCUCUGUGUUGCCAAAACAGAUCCGUGGU